AUGCUGCAAACGGCCCUGAGCCUGAGGGACGCAAUUGACGGCUAUUUCAACAAGUGGAUGGAAGCGGAUUGCGCAGGGGAUGAGCUCUCUGCAGAGGACUGGAUCAUUUUGGAGAAGAUCAAGUCCUUUUUGGAGAAGCUAAAAAUGACGACCAAGGCCCUCGAGUCGUCGUUUGCAACGCUGGACAAUGUCCUCUUGGCUAUGGACUUCAUGUUGGGUCAAUUCGAAGCAGGGAAGGAGGCGCACGUCGACGAUCCGAUGAUGGGACCAAUGUACAACUCAGGGUGGGCGAAGCUGGACAAGUACUAUCGUCUUACUGAUGAAUCUCCUGCACGCUGUGGGAGGAAUAUAAACCCGUGGAAUCACCUCUUCCGCCACGGGAGAUAUAAACCCGUGGAAUCACCUCUUCCGCCACGUGACCCCCCGUCGAAGACGACGAACGAGUUCUUGAAUUGGAGGAACAAGCAUCUCCAGCCUUCGCUCAUCAUGGAUGAGUACGAGCGUUAUUGUAAGUCUGAGCGGACUUAUGGGUUCACGAGUGCACUUUCGUGGUGGCUGGAGGAGACGCAACAGAAAAACUACCCUAAUCUGAGCAAAAUGGCUGUGGACAUACUAUCCAUUCCUGCGAUGUCUGCCGAGCCCGAACGACUCUUCUCUGGGGCAAAGAUAACAAUUACGGAUCGUCGAAAUCGACUUGGGAGUGAUGUGAUUGAGGCGUUGGAGUGUUUGAAGUCAUGGUUCAGGAUACAAGAUUUCCAAGUUGACGAUGUUUCGGUGGCGGCAGUGGGAUGA